GCGUGGUAACGCCUGAGCUAACUGCGCCUGCGCUUCCCGGAAAUGCGGAAGAUGACUUGUCACUGUUGUUGAAGCUGUCAGGCACGUGAGCUGCACUGUGCAACGUCGUCGUGAGUGCAGGCAGGCGAUAUGGCGGCUGAUACUCCUCCCAAGGUGUUAUUUGAACAUGAAGGUGUUUUCAUACACUCAAACGAAGACGGCGAAGAGCCAGAUCUCCUUGUUUCUGGGUUCCUACGGCUCAUUGAUAAGGAUGGUGAAACUAUCGUGGAAUACAAACCCUUGGAGGACAGUGUUGAUCCAUCCAACAUGUUGUGUGCUGGCAAGGAUUCCAGCUCGGUGAUGGAGUGGGCCCAGUGUCCCGGGGAGGAGAGGUCGACUCCUCAGCAGGCUGUGGUAGAGCAGCAGCAGAGCUAUGAGACUGAGUGGGACAUGAUCAACGCAGUCUCCUUUCCUAAGAGGAAACCCUGCUCCAACGGAGAGGGUGCAUUGAACCAUACGCAUGAGAAAAGCAAGUGGGCCUUCACCUUCAGUGUGUGGGACCUGAGGUCUAUCACAGUGAAGGAGAAGGGCUCGUCCCGCCUGAUGUUCAGACUGAAGGAGCCCCCCACCUCCCUGCCAGUCCUCCACUUCCACCAAGGGGGUAGUGAAGACUUCCUGGACUGCUUGAGGAGAUAUGCCUUGAUCACUGAGGCCCCAGAUGAUGAAACCUGCCUGCUGGUCAGCACUCCCAACAGAGCUCUGUCUCAGUCCUUCGAGAACCUUCUUGAUGACAACAACUACGGCCUUGUUACUAAGCUCAAGAAUGAUCCGUACGUGACGACCCUGGGGGGCUUCUCCAAGGUCACCAACUACAUCUUCGAUGCGUUCCGUGGCUCAGAGCUGGAGCAGCAGCAGCGGCCCCCGGAGGAGAUGGCUGACCUAGACAUCCUGGGACUGGGAGAGGUCAUCCCUGGCCUGGAGAUCAACCAGCAGGAGGAGCCGGGCUUCGAGGUCAUCACCAGGAUCGACCUGGGAGCAAGGCCAGAGGUGACGAGGAGGCAGCCACUGUCUGCAGAGGACUGGGCUGAGCACCAGGAGAAGGGAGGAAGGAUGAAAAAUGUCCCUCACCUCAAGAAAAUAAUAUUCAAAGGGGGCUUGUGCCAUGCGGUGAGGAAAGAGGCCUGGAAGUUUCUGCUGGGGUAUUACCCCUGGGACAGCACCUACGAGGAGAGGAAAGGCCUACAGAGGAGGAAAACGGAUGAGUACUUCAGGAUGAAGCUCCAGUGGAAGUCUGUGAGUGAGGAGCAGGAGAGGAGGAACUCCAGGUUGAGAGACUUCAGGAGCCUGAUAGAGAAGGACGUGAACAGAACAGACCGAACCAACAGGUUCUAUGAGGGCAUGGACAACCCAGGCCUGGUGUUACUCCACGACAUCCUGAUGACGUAUUGCAUGUAUGAUUUUGAUCUGGGGUAUGUCCAGGGAAUGAGUGACCUCCUCUCCCCGAUCCUGUAUGUGAUGGAGAAUGAGGUGGAUGCCUUCUGGUGUUUUGUCUCCUUCAUGGAUCAUAUGCACCAGAACUUUGAGGAGCAGAUGCAGGGCAUGAAGACACAACUGAUCCAGCUCAGUACUCUGUUGAGGCUGCUGGAUCUGGCCUUCUGGAACUACCUCGAGUCGCAGGAUUCAGGUUACCUGUAUUUCUGUUUCCGGUGGUUGCUGAUCCGCUUCAAGAGGGAGCUCAGUUAUCCAGAUGUUCUUCGUAUGUGGGAGGUCAUGUGGACUGGCUUGCCCUGCCAAAACUUCCAUUUGCUGGUGUGCUGUGCCAUUCUAGACUCAGAGAAACGGAAAAUCAUGGAGGAAAACUAUGGCUUCAAUGAGAUCCUCAAGCACAUCAAUGAACUCUCAAUGAAACUGGACAUUGAAGAAAUCCUUCACAAAUCAGAGGCUUUCUGUAUGCAGAUCAGAAGUUGUAAGGAUUUGCCUCAUUCAAUAAUUGAGAUCCUGGGAUUCAACACAGAAAGCGAACUUCCCAGAUUACAAGGGCAGGAGUUUGGGACUCUUGAUUCUCCUCAGUCCCCCAGACCCACACAGAGACAGGAGGUCUUCUCUAAUGGUCACAAUGGACAUUACAGAGAACCCCCUCAAAACGGCUGCAAAGUCACUUUCAUAUCAUAGUGAACAAUAUCAUUCAUACAGAGACUUUGCAAUGUCCACAUACCAGAAUGAGUAUUUUGGAUUCAGUUAUUGGAUAAUUUGUUAACUGAAGCAAGCUUAUCAAAGCCCUAUAAGAAGAGAUAUGAAGAGAAAAUAAUGUAAAAAGGAUUUAAAAUUAUUAUUUUUGUAAUUUCUUGUACCAUAUUGUCUUUCAUUUAAAUAAGUCAUUCCUCCUUGCUAAGGUUUUUUUUGUAAAGACUGGCAAGGUGAGUUUAAUUUGUAAAGUAAAAAUAUGAUGUUUUUAUUUCAACUAUAACUUUUUCCUGAAUCACACACAAGCAUUAAAUGUUGAUUGAUUUAAGUUAAAAACAAACAACUACUUUUAUCAAGAUCUAGCCAGAUAUCAAUUUGGUAGUAAAUUACAAAAGUGCUGUAAAAUGUUUUGUCUUAAUGCUCUGUCACAAUAAUACCCUUUUCAAAUUGAAAAUGUGAAAAGAAAACUCUAUCUUCCUGAAUCAAAAUAAAAGUAUAGCCUUUAAUUAUGUA